UGUUGUAGAAUAUAAUAUAGACAUGAUAGAAUAUUGUAGUUUUGUAAUAAAUGCACUGAAUAGACUUGUUGUUAUCUAAAGUGAUAGUAGUAUUAAAAUAAAAUCAUACUGAUAAAAAAUAAGUAUAAACAAGUUACAAACCAUCGACCGAUUCGAUUAGACCGCCGACACAUAAUAGUGCACUGCCGUUUGCAGAACGCGUACGUUAUAUACCUUUGUUUAUAUUAUAUAUAUAUAUUACAUAAAAUGUAUUUCCUAUGAUUUGAUUUUACAUUAGAUUAGGAAGUUUAACCAAUAUGUCUGAUAAUAUUAGUAACAAUACAAAUAAACUUGAAGAACUCAGUAAAAUGAAGGUCAAUGAUUUAAAGAAAGAGUUAAAAUCAAGAGGUCUGAGCACAGUCGGUAAUAAACAAGAGCUCAUUGACCGUAUGAUAAAUCAUUCAGAAUCCUCAGUUUUAGAUAUUGAGGAUACUGUAUUGGACGAAGAUAACAUUUUAGAUGAAGAUGAUGGUUUAGAAGAUGAUUUUGGUGACUCGGAUAUCGAUGAUUCUAAAGUUCUAGGAGAAGUUGCUGAAAAAGAUACCAAUCUAGGAAAUGGCAUUGCAGAUAAAAAUAAUGAACAGAUAGUUCAACCAAAAAAAGUAACAUUAAAACGUAAUUCUGUUACGAAUUUAAAUGGUGAUUCCAAGCCAAAAGAAGAAGAAGAAAAAACUGAAACUAUAGAAAAUGAUGAACAAGACCGUGUCAUUAAAUUAGAUGAUGUUCAAACUUUGAGUCAAACUGAGAGGAUACAAAUGAGAGCUAAGAAAUUUGGAGGAAAUACUGUACCAGAGGACAAGAAAUUGGCACGACUUAUCAAAUUUGGACCAGUUACUGAACAAAAACCAGUCACUAGUAUCGACAAUGAUAAGUUAAAACAGAGAGCAGAGAGAUUUGGAGAAACUGUUUCUAAAACAUUACAUGAUAAUGAAAAGGAGGAUAAACUCAAAGCACGUGAACUUCGUUUUGGUACAAUUGACAAAACUGUAUUAACUGCAAUAAAGAAACGUAAUACUGGAGAAAAUGGUGGAAAACAAAAAAAUUCUAGAGGUGGCAGAAGAAGUUUUCCAUACAAAAAGCGGUAUUAAAAUAAGUAAUUUUAAUUUUUUUUUAUUUUUAUUUUUUUUUUGUGAUGUUUCACAAACUGACCAUUUUCAUAACAUUUUCCUUUAUUUAAGUUUCCGCUAUAACCAAUAAAGUCAAUCCUUAUGUGUUUACUUGUAUCAUGAAUGUUAUUAUUAGGAAAGUAACUUAUAAAAUAUUUAAAGGAAUUUCAUUUUUUUGUGUGACUCAAAAAAUUAAUUAAAAAAUGAUUUAGUAC